AUGGAGAUGGAGGAACUCAAGCGGAAGAGAUGGACUAACGGCAAGGAGGCUGUGCGAGCAAUCAAAGAUGUCGCACUAGCACCAGGGAAUGCAACUAUUGGUUGUGAGGGGCACGUUCGUCUAGCACGAUUUCGAUCCAAGAAUCACCCAGGAGUGCCUCAUAGACCCUUUUUCCAUCUCGACAAAAUUUGUUAA